CGUGGCUGGGCAGUGGGGCCGGCAGCAGGUGGUGAGAGGAGCGGGCAGUUUAGGCCCUCAGUGCCCGCCCACCAGCCGGCAACUCAGCCUGAGGCCGCCCUUCCCUAGGGCUGUGCCGCUCGAUUACCAGCGACGCCAUGGACAAGCUGGGCUCGAGGUGCCCUCUGCCAGGCCUCCUGCGGCCCUCGGUCCUUAUAUGCCUCCUGAUCCUGACAGCUUCUUUCCUGACAUACCCUAUGCUCAGGACCCUUAGCCUGCAGCUCCAUUCAACUGUCACCGGCAGCUAUGUCUCCGGCACUUACUCCAUCGUCUUUGUCAACUGUCCCAAUGAGCAAAUUGCCAGAGAUAUUGCCAGGGCUAUACUGGAUAAGAAGCUGGCUGCCUCUGUGAACAUCCUGCCCAAGGCAUCCUCACUAUACUUUUGGAAUGGAGAAAUAGAAGAAGCCACUGAGAUCCUGUUGUUAAUAAAGACAAAGACUUCCAAGGUACACGUGCUGUCCAGCUACAUCAGGUUGGUGCAUCCUUUUGAAAUCCCAGAGGUCUUCAGUCUUCCCAUGGACCAAGGAGAUGUGCACUAUUUAAAGUGGCUGGAGGAGGGCAUGGAGGAGGACUGAGUGGGGGAGGCUUUUUGUGCAUCCUGCUGGCUGCCUCUAGCCUUCAUCAUCUGCACUCUGGGGAAGGGGAGGCCUCUUUCUGCCUCCUAGCAUCUCUGGAUUCCAUGUUUUUGUCAGCACAGAGGAGCUAAGUAACUUGUGGAGGCUGACAGUCCGAGGCUCCUGAGGCUGGAAGAGGAGGCUGGGCCAGUUGGGCCAAGCGAGAACCCAGUGGAACUUUUCUCUGAGUACUUCAUGCUUAAAGGUGGCCAGAGCGAGGAUG